UACAAACAAAUAAUUCAGUGUUUCUUUUCGGAAUUUAUUGCCACCGCUUUUAUGAUGUUUGCGGGUUGUAUGGGCCACUGGGAAUCGGUGCAGUUUGCAAAUACAAAUUUUCAAACCAGUCUCAAUAUGGCCCUGGUUGUUAUGAUAGUGGUACAGUGUUUUGGUCACAUCUCCGGAGCUCAUGUCAAUCCUGUUGUCACUGUGGCCGCCUACACAAAUGAUGUGAUCAAGUUUCAUAUGCUGCUCGUGUAUUUCAUUGGUCAGUUUUUUGGUGCCAUUGUGGGCUUUGGUCUUCUAGUAGCCGUUUCAUCUCCAAUGCCAGACGAAUUCUGCAUGACUUUGCCCAAUGGCAACAUCACUCAGUUGCAAGCUUUUGUUGUAGAAUUUAUUGUAACGAGUAUGUUGGUGGUUGUUUGUUGUGCGGUUUGGGACUCGCGUAAUGUUAAACAUCAAGAUUCACUACCAGUACGUUUGGGUCUAACGGUGGGAUGUCUGAUAUUUUCGGCGAUUAAUUUAAGUGGAGGCAGCAUGAAUCCCGUGCGAUCCUUUGGUCCCGCUUUAUGGUUGACGAAUUUUGAAUAUCAAUGGAUUUAUUGGGCAGCACCGUUAUCAUCAUCGGUUAUCACUAGCAUAAUCUAUAAAUAUUGUUUCAAAACAAAUCCGGGCUCGGAUUUUCGAAUGUCAAUUGAUUCGGAAUAAAAUAUAAUUUUAGGUUAAGGUGUAUUCCAUAGAUAUUAAGUAAUUUUUUGUGUAUAUUAUACAUUAUUUAACUUUUAAUAUGUAAUUAUUUACUUACUUUAAACAAAUAUUUGUUAGUUAUAACACAUAGAAAAGAAGAUCAUAAGCUUUAAGUUUAAUAUAUAUGAAAUUGUACUAUUUUAUUGAAAAAUAAAUGAAACAAUUAUUUAUAA